CUCGGUCCUUCGACUUACUAUAGCCCGGCAUCACUCACGAUGCUGUCCCGGAAUUUCAGCUGUUUGGGGAGGUCAAGACAUAUCGUCCCCAGGUCGAGGACUAUGGUGUCAUACUCACCCAAAGUCCGCGCUUACCCGUUCCAAGUCUCGCCCAAAGACGCCCUUGAUAAAUGUGUCGUCUCCGACAGAGUAAUUGGGACAUUGGAAUGGCUGGUCGAAACUGUCACACCGGAAAACCUCGUUCCUGUCUACUUCCCUGCUUGGUUGAUCGACACAGAACUGGAGGGAAGAGUCAGCUUCACGAACAGCGGUUCCAAAUCACCAUCGAACUUGAAAGUCACUGCGGUAUCCUGGAACUCAUACCUUCCUGGACACACGAUGGAGAAAUUGUCGAUGAUUCCUCUGCUCUCCAAGGAAUUGAAUCACGAACGUCCAAUACCCUUCACGAGCGAUCUACGGACGCAGCAUGGGCGUCAGGUCGUAUGCCUUCCAUUCGAGACAUCGCCCUUUCACUGUCUUGAUGCGGCGAACACGAUGAGCUACGAGGGCAGUCGGGUGAGCGACAGCACGAGGUUGCACUCGGUCCAGCCUAACAUUUGGGCGGCUUAUCCUGUUUUACUACCGUUGUAUCUUGCGCAGUUUCGUCUGGAGAAUCAAGAGACGGUGCAAACGGCCGCGAUAGAAGCGUUUGCCGCUGAUGGCCGGAUUUUGCUCGAACGCUCGUCGCGGAAAAUACCAGCAGACGAAGAAGAGAUAUACAAAAGUGUGAUCUCCCGUGCGAGGGUCACCUUGGAUCGCUUCGGUGAUUUCCCGAUGCUUACCGGGCUAUUGAAUCGGUUCGAAGCCGAGAAAACAAAUCCGUCGGCACAGGACCGGCUAGACAGCCAAAAUUGGUUAUACCUGCAGGGAUCACCCACCCACUUUUCCAAUAUCAAAACAGUGACAUGCGAGACGUCGUUUACGGAAACGAAACUCUCUGAGCUGGCCGUCCUGAGCCGAUGGAUCGACCGAAAACUCGACCCGGAAAGCCUGCAAACGCUGGCCAAAUCCUCUUGGAAUUGGGACGACCUUAGAAUCCGGCCAUUCGUCGCUGAAGAAGUCAGUGCCGUCCGAGACUUUAUUGAAUGCGGCCAGACGCGAGCCGUGGCCUUCGCUGCAUCAGAGGCUGCAAGUGAAGACGCCGAGCUCAGAGCGGAGGCGGAACGCUGCGACAGCGAACGGAAUCAAACUGUACCUGGCUGGUGGCGGGAAUGGCAGCAGGGUCAGGAAGCGAAGAGCGGCGACACAUGAUCCAAGCAGCGGAGCGUGGUUCAAGCAGUCGAGCAAGUAGCGUGUAUUAUCUACAAAAUUGUAUGAUAUAAAGUCCUGCAUAGCAACAGAAGCACAGCAAUGUUAUAGACGGAGACAGAGCAGCUCCUUGUCGAGGAGGACAUCCUUCCUGCAGCAAGCCCGAGCGUCACUGGCGGCGUGGAAAUGAUGGAUGUAGUUGUGCGGGUGAUACCUCGGGCGUCGGUGGUGAGGAUAGUGGUGACCGCAGGGGGAAAUGCGAUCGAGGGCAGAGAUGUCACAUGUUUCUGGGCGAGGAUGGGGCUGUAUGUGCUCGUGGCAAGUCCAGUUGUGACGAUUCCCCCGAUAGAUGCUGGAAUAGAAGCGUUGAAUGCAUAUGGCGGUGUCAGUAUGAUUGGCGUCGGGAGAAGCGAGUUGGGAAGCGUCGUAGCAAUGGUUUGGGGAACAAAUGAACUGGUGACUGUUGCAGAUGCAUAAGAGGCCGACUGCGAUAAAGAUGCCGAAGCCGGUUGUGCAACGGUGGCAUUCUUCAACGAGUAGAAUCCCA